UAGAAAAACAAAGAAAUCUAUCGAGAAAGACACUUUCAAUAUUUGACGGCGGCGGGUUAGUGGCAAACCACCACACCACCUAACCGGCGUAACCAAAAACCCCCGCGCUACGUACGUCAAAACAAUUAUCAAAACGAUGUCGUCUUUAUCAUAUUCCUCACCGUAUCAACUAUUAGAAAUUAACGUCAUUUCAGCUCAAGAUUUAUCUCCUGUUUCGAAAUCUAUCAAAGCCUAUGCAGUCGCAUGGUUAAAUCCAGAACGAAAAUUAGCCACACAGAUUGAUCAAACGGGCCACACCGAUCCUACGUGGAACGAGAAAUUCGUUUUCCGCGUCGACGAUGAGUUUCUCGAUUCGGAAAAUUCUGUUAUCAUGAUCGAGAUAUAUUCUUCCGCGUGGCUCCGUGAUGUCCUCGUCGGAACCGUCGCUGUUCUCGUUAAUAACCUCAUCCCGCCGGGAACUCGUUCCGGUAACCGGAAACCUAAACUCCGUUUCGUCGCGUUGCAGAUUCGUAGACCUUCCGGUCGUCCGCAAGGGAUUCUUAACAUCGGCGUUUCGUUGCUUGAUAGCACGAUGAGAAGUAUGCCGUUGUAUUCGGAGUUGAGUACUUCGGAGGUUGGAUUAUGGGAUCUAACGGAUUUAAAUCCAAACAAGAAGAAGAUUAUCAACAAUUAUGAUAAUAAUUUAACCACAAAUUCGAAGAUGUUAACUUUUCAACGUUGCCAGAGCGAGAAAAACGAUUCUACGAUUAACGAUUAUUCAUAUUACGGUGCCGGAAAAAACGGUUACAAUGGUUAUGAGGAUUCUGAAGUGAGCACGGUGGUACAGAGAAAAUGUGGAAACGAGGAGUCGUUGUGUUCUGAUGUUGGACCUUCGCCUUCGGUUGUUGCGGCGGCGAUAGCUAAGGGAUUGUAUCCAUUACCGGCGAGGAUGAGGACUGUGGAGAGGGAGAAACCGGUGGUUGAUGAAUGGUCCGAGAGUAACUGUACGGAAGGAAUGAAUACGAAGAUGGAAAGGUGGCGAAAUGAGUUGACGCCGAUGUAUAAUAAGGAAGAAUGCGACGAAUUGGAUGAGGAGAUUAAGAAGAAAAUGUUGGCGAAGCAAACGCCGAAGAGGAUUGGGAAAACUCCGGGACGGCCACCGGUGAGUAGGAAAGGGAAGUUUUCGUGUUUCGGAACGGCGUUUGGGUGUGAGUUUUCGAUUUCUUGUGGAGGGGGUAAUAGGAAAAAGAAGGGUGAUAAGACUAGUCUUAAUUCUUCUGAACUAACUUAUGAUGAAUCGUUUAUAUGAUGGAUAAAAAAAUUCAAUUAACUAAUUAUAAAUUAAUCAUUCUAAACUUAAAUUUAAGUGACAUUUGAAUUAACAAAAAUUGAAUUAAUAAUUUAUAAUUAUGAAAUCUGUUUGAUGUUUAGAUAGGAGUGAGUUUUAUGUUGAUGGUGAAGGAAUUAUUGAUUGGGUUGGAGACUUGUUUUGCACUAUUAUGCUAAAUGUAAUUGGGGUUAUUGGCAUGUUCAUGAAUUCAUGUAUAAGUAGAAGAAGGACUAUGCAUGAUAUGCUAGAAGGAUGUCUUCUCGGAUCGAGUAGAAAUGGGAGUAGAUCUCAUGUCAUUCUUUUUUUUCUUUCUUUUAUCUUUUGUUUUGUUUUUGUGUACAUUGGCAUUCAAAUCAAUUGAAUGAGUUAAGUGUAACUGGUUUUUUUGUU